GAGAGAGAGAGAGAGAGAGAGAAGAGGAGGAUCGGUCAGGAAGAGAGCGAAGAGGUCGACAAGUGACUCCUUGCCGGGGGACCAAACCAACGGCGAGAUGAAGAACCGUGUGUUGCUAAAGAGUGCGUUGCUCCUGCUGCUGAUCGCCGCGAACGGCUUGGUGACAGCGAGCGAGGACGAUGACUUGAUUUUCGAUCCAGACGGCAAACAGCUCACGGCGCAGACGCCGUUGAUCGAGACGCAGCAGGAUCAGUCCCUUUUACACAGGAUAAAGAGAGGACUUUGGAGCUUUUUCGGCUCACCGGCCAGCACGACCACAACAACCACGACGCAAGCGCCUCCAGAUCAAGAGCAGACGAUACACCAAGAUCAAAGCCUAGAUCAACAAGAAGAUCAAGAUCAAGAUAUCGACGAGUCGGUCUUUGUCAACACCAAGGACGGAAACCAUACAGUCGUUCAGCCGGAAGAGUCGAGCGUCGAGAACGGCGUCAUCGAGAGAUUGACUCUCAACAAUGGCGACGGCGACGACAACGGCGAAGAGGACGAGCACAAUAACGAAGUGGAAGAUGUCGCGGAGAGUCGGAGGAUGCCGGUGAUAUACGGAAACAGCGACGACGAGGACCUGGCCGGCUCGGGAGAUAUCGAAGGCAGUGCGGGUGAAACGGACCUGGACAACCGUGUUCACGCGGAAGACCGGCAUACCAACGUCGUCGGUCCAGCGAGAUUCUAUCGGGUCACCCUGACAGUCAGCGAGCCCUACAGGCGGGAAUACUCCGACAGAAACAGCCCCGAGUACCGCGAGCUGAGCAACAAUCUCACCAAGGCCAUCGAGAACUUGUACAAUCGUCACAUUCCGAAUUACAAUUAUUUCGCGAACGUCGUCAAGAUAUCGCCCACGUCCGACGCUUUCACGUCCCAAGUCACCCUCGACAUCGGCUCGACGUUCACGGACGAGCACAAGGUGCGCGACGUCCUCGAGCAACAGCUGCUGCAGUACCACUCCUUGGGCAGCAUCCAAGUAGGUCCUGAGGGAUUCAGCUUCAGGAUAUUCCAAGCCGGCGAGAAAGACACAGAGCCGGAAUGCGAUCAGUCGGCCGAGUUAAUGUGCAAGAGCGGUGCAUGCGUGCCGUUAGAGUCGCGCUGCGACGGCGUGUUGCAGUGCGACGACGGCUCAGACGAGGACAACUGCCCGACGGAGCUGACCAGCAAGAUCAACGAAGACGAUACGACCUCGGACCUGCCGACGGAGACCCCGGGUGACAACAAGGACGAUGAGGAAAUUGCGCACUCUACCCUGAGGCCGUUCUCAAACACGUGUCGCGCCGACGACACCAUACGCUGCUCCGACGGCAGCCGUUACAUCUGCUCGGUGCAGGAGUGCGACGGUGUUCAGGAUUGCGAUGACGGCGGCGACGAGCUCAACUGCUCGGGAGGUACAGGCUGCGACGCCGGCGAAUUCGCCUGCGACGUCAACAGAUGCAUCCUGGAGCAGCAACGGUGCAAUUUCAUUAAGGAUUGCCAGGAUGGCAGCGACGAGCACGACUGUCAUUAUCCCGCUUGCUCGCCGGCGGAGUUUAUAUGCAAAAACAGGCAGUGCAUCGACAGGGACAAGUACUGCAACGGCGUGCAGGAUUGCUACGAUGGCUCCGAUGAGCACAACUGCCAGUGCAGGGAUGACCAAUUCGAAUGCGCGGCUGGUUUUUGUGUGCCUAUAUCACGGCGCUGUGACGGAUUCACGGACUGUAUCGGUGGAGGGGACGAACAAAAUUGUCCGAACACGACACGAUGUCGAGCGGACGAGUUCGAGUGCGACAACGGCUCAUGCGUCAGCAAAAGUGCAAGAUGCGACGGCCGAAACGAUUGUCACGAUCAUUCCGACGAGUAUAAUUGCACCGUGACCACCUGUAGCGGCGAUCAGUACCGGUGUAUGGACGGUAUCUGCCUGAGUAUCGACAAGCGCUGCAACGGAGUGGCCGACUGCCGCAACGGCGAAGACGAGAGCCAGUGCGGUUGCGGAGAGGCCGAGUUUCGCUGCACGGAUGGCCGCUGCAUCGGCUACGAGUUGCAGUGCAACGGGGUGAACGAGUGCUCCGAUGGCUCUGAUGAGAGGGACUGCGAGAGACGAAAGUUUCAUAACGCCGAAAAGUUGGCCGCGCUCGCGCGGACGUCGUCGGCUGUGGCCCCCCGCGGAAGAGGGGGACCCGCGGGACGCCGAGGGAAUACGUCGCGACCAGCCGCGACCACCGAGAGCGGCCGUCAGCUCGCCGUCGGGCCGUUCGUGACGAUCAGCGACUCGAUGCUGGAGAUGUUCCCGGAGGAAUCUCAGCCGCGAGCCAUCCCGGAUUCCUUGCUGCGGAAGCCCGCGGUGUACCUGGCGAAUAUCAACGGCGAGUGGAGAGACGACGAGCGCGCCGCUCGACUUGGCGCGAAGGCCGGCGCGAAGAAUCGCCGCGGCCCGCUCCAGCCGGAGCGACCUGGCUGGUCAGACGACCUCGUGAGGUCCGUCAUUCUGAGGAAACACAAUGGCACGCUGAAGAAAGCCGGAGGCGGCAGGCGAGAGACGAACAGCGCGAAGGCGCCGGGAGGAUCCAGGUGUUCGAACGCGACGACGACGACGACGAGAGUGUCGUCCUGGAGAAGAAAGCCCGUGUCGAACGGCCGGGGUUCAACUCAACAAGGAGCUCGAGACACCCGGUCGAGGAAGAAAAACCGCGCGCAUCGCGCUAACGCGUUGACGAAGACGGGGUCGCUGAAAGCGCACAAACGAGUGAGGAAGCCGAUGGUAAACACGUCGGACGGAAGCGGUAGCGAAGGGAUCGGCGACACGAAGAGGAAGACGGCGGUCGAUGACGUCGGCCGACGAGCUGCUGGCGAGUCCUUCGUGGGAAUCUCGCUCGCAUCGCCUGGAGGCGCUUCGAUGCGAACGGAGGCUUCGACCGACAUGACGACGUCGGGUACAGCGGACGAUUUCAGCUCGACAGUCACAAAUCGGCUGGCGCCGGAGGGAGCGAAAGUCCGCAAGAAUGACUUCCGCUUCAUCAAGACGGAGAGUCUGGUGUACGAGUCCAAUUCGCCGAACGUGGAGCUGCGUCGUUCUUUCCCGAAGCUCACCAACGACAUCGACGAAGCGGCCCCGCCGGACCCGCCAAGGUCGAGCGACAGUCCAAAGCAAGGUGAGAGCGCCGAGAACGCUGGCCUGGAAAGUUUCGUCGACGGGCUCGACGACAAGAUCGAUUCCGGAUUGUUGAGCUCCGACGAAACGACCGAGCCGACGACGGCGCGCGAUUUCGCAGCCAUGAGCGAAGCCCGCUCCGAGUCCAGAGAGACUCUGGAGGAGGAAUCGAGGCGUGAGGAUUACGACGUGCUGUUAAGCUGGACAGAAACGCCGUCGUCGACGACGGCGAUGACGACGGUGACGACGGAGGACGCGCCGUUGACGCGGCAGGCGAGCGAAGAUGAAUCCGGCGAGAUGCACAACAAACGCAAGCACAAAGGUCGCCGUAAUGAGCGCAAGAACAAUGGCUCGAAGAGACGCGGCAAAAAGCGCAAUAAGAAGCGCAAGAACAAGCAGACGACCGUGCCGGCUGGAGGCGGGACGCCGUCGAGCGUCGACGACGAUGAGCGUCAGCGCAACACGGAGGCCACAUCUACCCGUAAUGAUCCGAGCUACGGCGAGGACGCGUCCUCGGACACGAGCGACCGGAUGACGACGGAGGAUCUCGGGACGCAGCACUUGAGCGUCGACGAGCGCGUCACGGAGGACUUCUCAAGCGGACCGCGAUCGGCUGAAACGACGCAGGCAGACCUCAGCAGUGAUGACGCUCCGUCGACUCCGUCGACUGCGUCCGACGAGAACUACCCGGACAGAGGAGGGGUCGCGAGUAGCACCGAAAGCGGUGCGUUUACGACCCGCUUCUCGAGCGACGACGAGGACGCACCGUCUCAAACGACGGGAUCUCACGGUACCUCCGCCGACGACGGCGAUUCUUCCGCGUCUGACCAAGCGUCGCCGAGCGUGGAGAUGGUCGAGACGAGCGCUGAGGUUGCUGAAGAGCCAAGGAGCUCCCCGUCACCCAGCACCAGCACCGGGAGCAACGAGCGAAGGAGCGUGACGGGCGAACCAUGGAGCGGCGGCCGUGGAAGCGACGAGGAAGAAGAAGAGCCGAAGAGACGGGCCGAAGAGGACACGACGGCCGCCACGACAGGCGGCACCAUCCACAACGAGUUCUCCGACUUGGACAGCGAAGAGGAGUACAAGGACACGUCGGAAGCGACGCUUUUCCUCGAGAACGAGGACGCCGUGACGUCAGCCGGCGAGGCGGACUACGAGGUCGACAACUGCGAUAAGAACCAGCACGCCUGCGACGAGUACACGUGCAUCGACGAGGAUAAGCUCUGCAACGGCAUCGUCGACUGUAUAAACGCCAGCGACGAGGUCGACUGCGACUACAUAUACAUCAAGAGGCUGGAGCAGCACCUCAACGGACAUUCUACCGUCGGCACGUUCGCGCCAGCAACGUCGAGGAACACGUCGAUGGAGGACUACGACAUCUUCAAGUUGUUGCACUUCUGCAACGACUGCAUAAGAAAGCUGAACAUCUGCGACGGUGAGAGCAACUGCGCAGACGGCAGCUACCGCAAGAACUCCAAAGAAUGCCCCGACGAUAAGCUGCCCUGCGACAACGGCGUCUGUAUCAAUAAAAGCUUCUUCUGCGACCGCAACGUCGACUGCCUCGACGCUAGUGAUGAGCGAAACUGCCCGGAAACCGACGAGAGCACCGACACGGACAAGCAAUGCCCUCACGACAGCUUCGCCUGCAACGACGGCAGCUGCAUACCCCAGGCUGCGGUGUGCGACGGCCGUGCGGAUUGCCCGCACGACGAGGACGAGAUCAACUGUCGUCAAGGUGUAGACGCCUCGGAUAGAGCCUCCUCGGGGGGGCGUCCGGAGACGGAGGUAGCCGGUGCGAAUCCGGAUAACGAGGCUUACAGCCCAGAUACAGAUGCAAAUGCUGAUGUGCCGCCGACAAAUCUGAGCACGCCGAGGAGUUGUGCUCCGGAUGAUUUUGUUUGCGCCGACGGCACUUGCAUCCCCGAAACCCACCACUGCGACCAUUUCUACGAUUGCCGCGACUUUACCGACGAACAGUACUGCUUCGGAUGCACGCGGGACCAGUUCCAAUGCGCCAACGGGGACUGCAUCAACGCCGAUCAGAGGUGCAACGGGUACAUCGAGUGCGCCGACGGCUCCGACGAACCCGAAGAGUGCGAACCUCCGGCGCCCGGCUACUGCGCGGCGGGCCAGUUCAUGUGCAUCUCGGACAGAAGGUGCGUGCCGCACUCUUCCCUCUGCAACGGAAUUCCAGAGUGCAGAGACGGCUCCGACGAGGAGAACUGCGGUCACCGGCGGGACUGCACGGCCGAGGAAUGGAGGUGCAAGAGCGGCGAUUGCGUGCCUCGGCAUCAGCGGUGCGAUCGGCGAAUCGAUUGCCCGUACGACGAUAGCGACGAAUUGGACUGCGGCUACCGGGCGUCGCAGAGAAAUCACAGCCGGUGCCGGUCGCACGAAUGGCAGUGCAACGACGGCCAUUGCAUAGCGAUGCAUCAGCGUUGCGACAAAAAGCUCGACUGUCCUCGCGACAUGUCCGACGAGAUCGGCUGCAGUUACGAGAGCCAUCCGACCGAUGGAGCGUCCGAGCUCAGGCUGAAGACAUACCCCAGCGAACAGGUGAUCAAAGAGAACCCGGCGAAGCAAGGUCGCGAGGUCGUGUUCCAAUGCCGCGACGAGGGUCUCCUACGUGCCAGGGUACGUUGGAUGCGCGCUAAGGGUCUUCCUCUGCCGCCCGGCAGCCGAGACAUCAACGGCCGCCUGGAGAUACCGAACAUCCAACUCGACCACGCCGGAACCUACAUCUGCGAAGCCGUCGGCUACUCGCCGUCGACCCCGGGCAGUCAGUUGAGCGUCAGCCUCGAGGUCGAGAAGUUUGAGCAACCGGUGACCAGACCUCCGCAGGUGUGCCAAUACGACGAGGCGACUUGCAGCAAUGGUGACUGCAUCCCCAAGACGUACGUGUGCGACGGCAAGUUCGACUGCACCGACGGGUCCGACGAGAUGCGAUGCAGUCCGCACGGGUGCGAGCCCAACGAGUUCCGUUGCAAUAAUAAGCAGUGCGUCAGCAAGUUGUGGCGCUGCGACGGCGACAAGGACUGCGCCGACGGCAGUGACGAGGAGAGCUGCUCGCCGUCUCCUCCGGGAUCCGCCUGCCGUUACAGCGAGUUCGCUUGCAGCAGCAACAAGCAGUGCAUCCCGAAGAGCUACCACUGCGACAUGGAGCGGGACUGCCUGGACGGCAGCGACGAGCUCGGUUGCUCUCCCGUUUACAUCGUGAAAGCGCCACCGCCGAUGGUCGUCCUCGAGCCGGGCGACGUGUUGAUCCUCACCUGCACGGCGGUCGGCGUUCCGAUCCCCGAGAUCAACUGGCGACUGAACUGGGGGCACAUCCCAUCCAAGUGCACGACCACGUCCAUCAACGGAACCGGCACUCUCACGUGCCCGGACAUACAGCCCGAGAACCAGGGUGCGUACUCGUGCGAGGCCCUGAACAUCGGCGGCUUCGUGUUCGCCGUGCCGGACGCCAUCGUCGUGGUGAAGGAGCCCGGCAACAUCUGCCCGAAGGGCAAGUUCAACUCCGAGGCGAAGAACCCUGAAGACUGCAUCUCGUGCUUCUGCUUCGGCGUGACCAGCGAGUGUCGCAGCGCCGACCUCUUCACCUAUCACAUCCCGCCGCCAUUCGACCGCCACAAGAUCGUGUCGGUCGAGGCUGCGCCGGUCAUUAAGAUCCACAGCGACAUCAGCAGCCAGAUCUCGCAGAUCCGGCCGCUCGGCCGAGACGGCGUGCAGCUGUUAGAAUCCUUCAGCAACGACCUGAACGCCUACAACAUCCCGUACUUCGCGCUGCCGGAGAACUACCAUGGCAGCCAACUCAAGUCUUACGGCGGCUACCUCAAGUACUCGAUCCGCCAUACCGGCAACGGUACGCCGAACGACGCGCCCAACGUCAUCCUCAGCGGCAACAAUUAUAUCCUGAUACACAAGGGUAGAAAGCCACCGGCGGAUUAUGAGACCGAGGAGUCCGUCAGGUUCUUCUACGGCGAGUGGUAUCGGCAGGAAGGCAGGAGCGAGUUCAUUGCCUCCAGGGAGGAGAUUAUGAUGACGUUGGCGAAUGUGGACAACAUCCUCAUCAAGGUAAAGUACGACGACUCGCCGCAGCUGGACGUGCGUCUCACCAACAUCGUCAUGGACACCGCUGAUGUACGAAAUACCGGCUUGGGAUCGGCGUCCUACGUGGAGGAGUGCCAAUGUCCCAGCGGCUACACUGGUCUGUCGUGCGAGCACUGCGCACCCGGAUAUCUGAGGCGCGAAAAUGGACCAUGGCUCGGCCAGUGUUACAGGGACGAGCCGCCGUGUCCUCCGGGAAACUACGGCGAUCCUUCAAGGAACAUCCCUUGCCAGAUCUGUCCUUGUCCGCUCACCAACCCGUCGAACCAGUUCGCCCGCACGUGUCAUCUCGGGUCUGACGGGCAACCCACGUGCGACUGUCCCGCUGGCUACGUCGGACGCAGAUGCCAGCAAUGCGCCACCGGUUACCAAGGGAAUCCCCUUAUUCCCGGUGACAUGUGCGUCCCGGUUCAGCAAUGCGAUCCUCACGGCAGCCUCAGCCCUAACGCUGAUCCGCACACUGGGAAGUGCCAUUGCAAGGAAUACGCAACGGGUCUGACUUGCAACCAAUGUAAGGCGAAUACCUUUAAUCUGGCCUCGGCAAAUCAAUUUGGAUGUAUAGCUUGCUUCUGCAUGGGCAUCACCAACAGAUGCAUCUCGUCUAACUGGUACCGAAACGAGAUUCGUGUAUCGUUCACCAAUUCGCUCCGUGACUUCUCCCUGAUCGAGUCGAAGAGCAUGGACGCACCAGCGAUCAUCGAUGGUAUUCGUUUGGACACCAUCAGCCGGGAAAUCACUUACAGCGAUUUUCCCAAUCGAGGCAAUAACGACGUCUACUACUGGCAGUUGCCCAGCAUUUUCUUGGGCGAUCAAAUCACAUCUUACGGCGGCAACCUCAAAUACACCGUCCGAUACGUGCCUUCACCGGGCGGUCAGAGUUCAAGGAACAACGCCGCGGACGUUGAACUCAUCAGCGCUAACGACAUCAACUUGCUCUACUACUCCCGCGAGUCCCCCGAGCCCAACUUCCAGCAAUCGUUCACCGUGCCGUUGCUCGAGCAAUAUUGGCAACGCAACGACGGAACGCAAGCGGACAGGGAACAUCUUCUGAUGGCCUUGGCGGACGUACGAGCUAUCAGAAUCAAAGCCACUUACACGACGCACACCGACGAGGCCGCGCUUUCCUUCGUUUCGUUGGACACCGCCGAGAAAUACAACACGGGUAAGGAGCGCGCGGUCGAAGUCGAGGAGUGCACUUGUCCCGCCGGCUACAGAGGACUUUCAUGCGAAGAUUGCGACGUUGGUUACACGCGGGCCUUCGAAGGCCUCUACUUGGGCAUCUGCGAGCCGUGCCAAUGCAACGGUCAUUCGAAUCAAUGCGACCCUGAGACUGGCACUUGCGAGAACUGCGCGCAUCAUACCACCGGCGAGUCCUGCGAGGUAUGCGAGCCGGGAUACGAAGGAGACGCCACUCGAGGCACCCCGAGUGAUUGCACGAGCCAGACAUCCCAGCCGGGAUGCAGAUGCAACGAGGCCGGCUCGCGCAGCAGAUCGUGCGUCGACGGCCGAUGCGAGUGCAAAAGGAACGUCGAGGGCCCGGAAUGCAAUCGGUGCCGCCCGUCGACAUAUGGAUUACGUGCUGAGAAUAUUGAUGGAUGCAUCGAGUGUUACUGCAGCGGGGUAACUGAUCAAUGUCACGAGAGCACGUUGUAUAUACAGCAAAUACCGAUGUGGGUGUACGACUCGCGUCACGGCUUCACUCUCACGGACUCAACCCGACGUGACGUGAUCGCAGACGGCUUCGAGUUGAACGUGGCAAUGAACGAGAUCGGCUAUCGUUAUCCGGACAGCAGAAACCGCAGACUCUUCUGGUCGUUGCCGAGCGUCUUCACGGGCAACAAAGUGAAGAGUUACGGCGGAAACCUCACCCUGACGCAGCAUAUCACCGCGUACCCUGAAGCUAAGAGUUACAAGGACCAAGACAUUCUGCUAAUCGGCAACGGCAUCACGUUGUUCUGGACGAAUCCGACAGAGAUCCAACCCGACAUCCCGAUGACCUACACUGUCCCGCUGAAAGAAAACGAGUGGAGGCGCCUGACGACCGAAGGACCGCGUAGCGCUUCAAGAACGGACCUCAUGAUCGUGCUGUCCAAUUUGGAGGCUAUUUUGGUCCGCGCGUCUCACAGCGAGCGAAUGACCGCGACAUACAUCAGUGACAUCAGCAUGGACACAGCCGUGGAGAAUCUCACUGGAAACCGACGAGCGACCCAGAUCGAAGCCUGCCGUUGCCCGACUGGCUACUUAGGAAGCUCCUGCGAGACCUGCGCGCGCGGUUACUACAGGGACACCAACGACCGAUCCGUCAGUUACCUGGGCGCUUGCAAUCCUUGCCCGUGCAACAAGAACGAGGAGAGCUGCGAGAUCAGCAGAUCCGGUCAGGUCAAGUGUCACUGCUUGCCGGGCUACACAGGACUAUACUGCCAAGAGAUGGUUGGAGAAACGUCGACUACCACACCAGGCCCGAUACCUCCGGCGAGGAUCAUAGUUUACGUGCAGGAACCGGAAUUCCAGAUCGUUCAGACAGGAAACAUCGUCAGAUAUCAUUGCACCGGCAGAUCUCAAGAUAGCGAAUUGGUGCGCAUCAGAUGGGAGAAAGAAGGCGGCCAAUUGCCACCCGGAAGGAGCGUCGACGAUGCAAACGGACUGUUGGUCAUUAGGGACGUGAAAGUGUCUGACAGCGGCAUAUACGUCUGUCAAGUGAGCGAUGGAAUAAAUAUCGCGAUCAAGAAAGUCACCCUGACUGUCGGAGCCUUCCCGAAAUACCUGCUGGAGAUACCAGGGGCCAAUCCGGUAGCACCCACGGCUGUGAUAACUCCGCACUAUCAGCAAGUGCAAGAAGGCAGACCGGUGGAGUUCCGCUGCGAGGCUACAGGUAAUCCACCGCCGCAACUGGACUGGGUGCGAGUUCACGGCACCAUGAGCCCGGAGGCGACUUUCUACAACGGCGUCUGGAGCCUACCGGCCGCGUCGAAGAGCGACGCAGCCGAGUACAAGUGCAUCGCGAGGAACAACGUCGGCACGGACGAGAAGACGACCGUUUUGUACGUUCAAGACAACCCCGACAAGCCACCGCUCCAAACUCUACCGCCGACGGUAACUCCGUCCGAGUGGUCCGGGACCAGCGGGGACGCUGUGAGACUGAUCUGCACGCCGUCUCAGCGUGCGAACAUCACCUGGACAAGAUCCGGCGGACUCCCGUUGCCCAGUUCCGCUAGUCAACGUGACGGAAUCUUGACCAUCGUCAACCCCAACCCAAGCGAUUCCGGCAUCUACGUGUGCACAUCGACGGACCUCCGCGGGACGGAAACGAGCACCACCGCCAAGAUAGUGAUAGUACCUCGUAGAGAUCCUCCGACAAUCAAGGUGAAACCCGAACGACAGGUUGUGUCUCAGGGCACGGUGGCCGAGGUGCGAUGCAUCACCAGCGGAGAGUCAGGAGUACACGUGAAAUGGAGCAAGUACACGGAAACGAUGAGCCCGCGCGUGCAGCAAGUGGACGACACGCUGAGGAUCGUGAACGCUCAGGUCUCUGAUCGGGGAGUAUACAUCUGCCGAGUUAGCAGCGCCGCGGGCAGUUACGAAGCCAGUGCCAUCAUCGAAGUUGCGCCCCGCGAAGCCCCGGUCCUGGAGCUGUACCCUCAAGACGUCCAAACCGUCAUCCUCGGCGGCUCCGCCGAUCUUCAAUGUCGCGCGAAGGCCGGGUUCCCAGUGCCCGAGCUGCACUGGUCUCGCCAAGACAGCCGGCCGUUCGCCUCCAAUAUCGAACAACUCCCUGGCGGACUGCUCAGACUGUCGAACAUCACGGCGAACGACGGCGGCGCCUACAUUUGCGCCGCGUCGAACGAAGUCGGCUCGACGUCGGUGAUCGCGCACAUCGAGGUGCAGUCCAUGCCUGUGAUCACUAUCACCCCGAGACACGGCAUUCUGCAGGUGAAACGCGGAGGUCGGGUCCGUCUGAUGUGCAGUGCGAGCGGACACCCGCAGCCCAACGUAGCUUGGAGCAAGCACGUGAACGGCAUGACCGUGUAUGACACAUACAGCAGAACAGCGGCCACCCCGUUGAGCGCCGUGUACGAGAUAUUCUCCGUGUCACCCGACGACGAAGGGUCCUACACCUGCCAAGCCACGAACGCCGUGGGAAUUGCCGAAGAACGCAUUCAGAUUCGCAUCGAGGACGACAACGACGUGGACAACCAACCCUGUACCGGCGACAGAGGCGACAUUCCGUGUCCUCCCGACGACCGACAACCUCGCCCUGAUCACAGAGACCCGAACCAACAAGGAGUCUUAAUUCCCGAAGACUACCUGAGAAUCCCGAACGGCGGCAAAGUGGAGAUGCGUUGCCAGGUGUUCGGGCCCGACGGAGACCACAUCUACUUGGACUGGAAGAGAAGCGAUCACCGCUCCUUGCCGGAAGGUAGCACCGUACACAACGGAGUACUGAGCAUCCCGACCGUCGACAGGACCGCAGCUGGAGAAUACAUCUGCCUGGGCUUGGAUCCUGCUGGCGCGGUGCUCUUCAGAGCAAAGUCUCAUCUCGAAAUUAUAUCUCCACCGAGGAUUGAACUAAAUCCCACGCGUCAGACAGUGGGACCCGGCGAGAACCCGUCCAUCGUUUGCACCGCCACGGGCGAUGAGCCUCUGCGUAUCGAGUGGGAGGCCAUAGGACGACCGUUACCGUACUCGGUAACGCACCACAACGGUGUCCUGCAGUUCCACGGUAUUACCUACUCCGACGCCGGCAAAUACGUGUGCAAAGCAACGAACGGAGCGGGAACGGCGGAAGCGGUGGCUGAAGUUUCAGUCAACGAGCAUUCUUACGACGACACGAGGAUUCGCGCGGAACACAGAGACGUGACGACGUACGCCGGCAGCUCGGUGCGUUUACGUUGCGACGUGCGAGAACGCGCGACGAUCCACUGGAGCCGCGACGGACAGGCCCUGCCGAUCACCGCGCGAAUCGGGGAGGACUACCUGGAGCUGAUGCAGGUGAAGCCCGAAGACAGCGGACGAUACAUCUGCCAGGCGCAAACCAGCCGCGGCGUAUCGAGCGAUUAUAUUAAUUUCAACGUCUCGCUGUACCGAUCGCAGUGCAGGCACUGGGAGUAUGAAUGCAGAAGCCUACAAUGCAUUCCGAAGGAAUACUUUUGCGACGGCUAUGUUCAGUGCAGCGACGGUACUGACGAACGCUUCUGCCGCAACUUGCGAUACCGCCAAUUUCUUCAGAGACGACGCGCUGUCGCCUCGCCGUUAGUAAGCGUCGAGGUGUCUCAAGACCCGAUCAACAUCGGCGAUACAGUCGAUAUACACUGCACUUGCACUGGAACGCGCAAUCCACGCUAUCACUGGUCGAGGCCGAAUCAUACGCGCCUGCCGACCAACGCGCAAAUAUACGGCAACGUUCUGAGACUAACUAACGUGGCUGUCGACGAUAGCGGACCCUACAGGUGCGUCGUGGACACGCCGGAGGGUACAUUCGAAAAGGACUUGAAUCUAAUCGUCCAUGGCGGGAACAACGAUGAACCAGCGAUUGAGACCAAAUUCGCGCCGUAUGGCUCGAGUCUCGAGAUGGACUGUCGCAUCGACCUCGACCCGCCGAUACAAUUCCAGUGGAAUAAACUCGGUGGACUUUUACCGCGAAAUACCCAGACUUUAGAGAACAAAUUGAAGCUGACUAACGUGAAGGCCGAGGAUGCUGGGACAUACAUCUGCCUGGCGAAUAACGGACACACGAAUAUCGAAGUGCCCACGGUGCUGGUAGUGACCGGAGUCGUGCCUAAUUUCAAUCAAGCGCCCGAGAGCUACGUCGCCUUGCCGCCUCUACCUGAUUCCUAUCUCAAGUUCAACAUCGAGGUCUCUUUCAAGCCGGAGAGUAGCGAGGGUAUCCUCCUGUACAACGACGAAUCCGGCAACGAGAGCGGCGACUUCAUCGUCUUGUCCCUGAUUAACGGAUACCCGCAAUUCAAAUUCAAUCUCGGCUCCGGACCAGCCGUUGUCCGCGCGGACAGGCCGGUCGCUCUGAGCGAGUGGCACACUAUCAAGAUCCAACGCAAUCGAAAGGAGGGAACGAUGCUGGUAGACGGCGAAGGCCCGUACAAGGUGGUCGCGGUGGGCAGGCGUCAGGGUCUGGACCUGAAGGAGCCCCUUUACGUCGGCGGAGUACCCAGUUACAACAGAAUCAACAAGGAGGUUGAAAUUAACUCCGGCUUCGUCGGCUGCAUAAGCAGACUGGUUCUCGGCGAGAAGCAAAUCGAUCUGAUCGGCGAUCAGACCGACAGCGUGGGAAUCACGAAUUGCGAGACCUGCGCUGAGAAUCCCUGCAACAACGGCGGAGUGUGCCAAGAAGCAUCGACGAAGAACGGUUACACGUGCCUGUGCCGAGCCGGCUUCAGUGGCAAACACUGCGACUUUGUCGGGCAAUCCUGUUAUCCAGGUGCAUGCGGAGAAGGCAAAUGCGUCGACAAGGAGACCGGCUUUGACUGUUACUGCCCGUUAGGCAAGAGAGGACCGCGAUGUCAGUACUCGGUGAACGUUCACGAACCGGCUUUCCAUGACGAGAAAGCUUUCCUCGCGCACGAUACCCCGAAGGCUCUUAGACGGCUUAAGGUAGCCAUGAGUUUUAACCCUACGGACACCGGCGACGGGAUCUUGAUGUAUUGUUCUCAAAGUGACGAAGGCCUUGGAGAUUUUGCAGCGCUAGUGAUAAGGGACCAGCACGUCGAGUUCCGCUUCGACAUCGGCUCCGGAGAGGCGGUGAUAAGGUCACCCUACACGAUCCAGCCCGGAGUGUGGACGUACGUAACGGUGAACCGUGAUUUCAAGGAAGCGAAAUUAUCGGUGAACGGCGAGCCGUUUGUGGAGGGCAAAGCGCCCGGAGCUUCGAGAACUAUGACCUUAAACACUCCCCUCUACAUCGGAGGGGUAGAUCGCAGGAAAAUCGUGGUCAACAAGAAAGCCGGCGUCGACUGGAGCUUCCGCGGAUGUAUAAGCGAGCUCGAAGUCUCGUCGAACAAUGUAGACAUACUCAGGUCGGCGAUUGACUCGGCCAAUAUCGAGGACUGCUCGACGACCCACCCGAAUCAAACAGUCUUCCAGACUACCGUCACCACCCCGGCGUCCACGCAACCACCAACGACACCGUACAAUCCCUGCUCGUCGAACCCUUGUGUCCACGGCGUGUGUCAAAGUUCAAACGCGUACGACUACUCGUGCACGUGCGAGUACGGAUACGUGGGAAGAAAUUGCGAGAACGUGCUGAAACAGUGCGAACUGCUCACACCGUGUAGAAACGGCGGUACCUGCACUAAUCUUCACGGAUCUUACAAGUGCGACUGUCGCCUCGGUUACAACGGGCAAAACUGCGAAAAGCUGGCGGAAAUUACAUACGACGUCGCGUUCAGGGGAGACGGCUGGUUGGAACUGGACAGAUCUGUCAUGACGCACGAAGAAGAACGAAACGAGGUGUUGGGCCUCGAAAUCAGCACCAACAAGAGCAACGGCCUUAUUAUGUGGCACGGCCAAACACCAAACGAUCUAACACCCGAUGAUUACAUCGCCGUUGCCGUAGUGGAUGGGUACGUGGAGUAUCAGUACAACUUGGGCUCCGGGCCCGCCGUGAUUCGCGUUACUACUCAGCGAGUCGACGACGGCGAGCGGCACAGGAUAAUCCUGAAGCGCCAAGGCAGCGACGGCAGCAUCGAGCUGAACGGCGAGCACACCGAGAGCGGCGUGAGCGACGGACUCCAGCAGAUGCUGGGGACGCGAGGUAGCGUUUACCUGGGAGGUGUGCCGGAUUACGCGAUGACCUACGGCAGAUACCACGAUGGCUUCUCCGGCUGUAUCUACACCUUGGAGGUGCAAGACUCGGGGGCCAUCGAUAUCGGCGAGAAGGCCAUCCGGGGAAUAAACGUCUCACCCUGCACCAGAGUGAGGUGGAUCCCGUCUUCGUUAGUAUUUACGGACGCAGACGCAGACGUGUUCGACGCGUUCGUGCCACCACCGCCGGUGAAUAUUAUUCACCCGAAACCCGCGGCCAAUCUGGCCGCGUACGACAUCACGAGUUACUCGUUGUUGAUUAUACUUCAAAAUUUGAUCGCUUUAACUAGAGACAUUAAGGAACAAAGUGUACUUUUCACGUUGUUGUGCAUAGACGCGGUUAACCUUCUCAAAGGCUUAUUGAGCUAAAUAACGGCGUAUUAUAUUAUAUAUCGGAAUGUAUUUAUCGAUCUCUCACUCGUCGGAAGUGCACGCUCUUCUUUAGACUAGGCUCGCUCUUCAUCAUCGAGAAACGCGAUAAUGUACAGUGCUCUGGAGAGUGUGCAUCUCCGCGUGUGUCGCAUACGACAUGUACAGCUAAUAGAUUUGUAAAUUAUAUUUAACGCUUCACCCUCCCCGACAUCGCGGAGACAACACGGCGAGACUACACGCGAUCGGGCUGACAGAUCUCCAACGCGCGGUGACCUGCGCGGAUAAUAGGAGGAAGAGAUCUGCACUCUAUGUACAUUCGAGGAACGUACUGCAAACUUGUAUUACUAUCGAGCGGUAACACCGUUCACGCAUAAACGUCGAAGGCCAAGUUAAGCCAAGUGUAUCCGUUAAAAUUUUCAUACGUAACUAAUGUGUUUUGUGAAGGACUUUCUAAGUAUAUAAAGGAUCAAAAGCAAAUCUCUAAUAUUAAGCUAAUCAAACGUCGUUUCGGCAUUGCACGAUCUAAAGGGCGCAACUUCUCGACUGAGAUAAGAAAAUAAUUUGCUCGUCGACAGGACAUCGCGAGAAUCGAAAGAUGUGAAACAUAUUUAACGCGUAACAUGUAUCUCUCUGAUUCCACUGCUCAUUAUAAACGAGACAAAGUGUAUAAAAGAUACGAAAGUGGGUAAUGCUUGACGAGACAUGUGUGAACAGUUUUAUAUCCACAGGUAUACAGAGUCUAUCUCUCGCACCCAUAUAUUGCCAUCGAAAUAUUUUAUAAUUAAAGUAACUUUUUAUACAGCUUUUUAUUUGUACGAGAAGAGAAAUAUAUACGUUCGAUUCGCAUGUAACGGAACGUUGUUUCGAAAACGGCAGAAAAUCUGUGCAUUUAAAGAAUGAUUUAGAAAAUCAUUCUGGAAGUUCGUCGGUUGCGAUGUAAAUAUGACAGAUAUCACGCAAUGAAUUCUCCAGUUAAAAAUCACGUUUUCCCUGCUAACGAUGUGAUAUUCUUUGCGUUUCUUCUUCUCUUUAUUCUGACUUUGGCGACAUGUUGCUUUUGCGAAACAAGCUGUAUAUUACAAACAGCUAUUAAGAUGACUGAUACGGAACGGAAAUGCAUUAACGAUGAAGCAUAUAGUCUAUAAUUUUCCACUGCCAUAUACUGAUUUGUUCAUAUUUGUGAUGAUAUAAAGCAGGUUUGCCGACGGCGUCGUAUAGAAGAUAAAUAUUAUUCACUAGCGUAUGAGUGUAAUCAAAGUUCUAAUGGGAUUUUGAUAUCUCUGCCGUUACUGAAAAGACAAUAAAUAAAUUCUUGCAGCAAAAGCAUUUUGUUGUGGAAACAAUAAACAACUUUUUCUAUGCGAUAUUAGGUAUCAAAUGUUUACUGUUUGAAAGGAGCAUAUAUUUAUAUAUUUAUAAUGCGAAAUAUACAAGCUGCGCGAACACGUUAAUUUUUUCAUUGAUAUUAAAUAUUAUAGACCGUCGUAAAAGAGAAAAUUCUCAAAACAGAGGACAUACAUUAAUAAUCAAAUGGAACAUUUAAUAAAUAUUACAAUUCUCCAAAUCCAGAUUGCACUCAUACCUUGCUGAAUACUUAUCGUUUAUCUCAUGCAGGGUGUUCCAGAAUUAUAGGUAAAGACUCGACUAGUUAACAAAAUACAAACAAAAGAUAAACAAAAAUGUCUUAACAAACAUCUAUCUGCCAAGCCAUCGUUUUCCAGAUAUUUAGUCUUUUAUUUGACAAGCUAAGUUUGUUGAACAGUUAUACACAUAUUAUAUAAUUACUGAUAUAUCAAAGAAUUCAGGACAUUAAAGAUUUACGCAUAAUUCAACAUG